AUGUCGAUUUUGACAAUAUUUUUACUUAUUUUUUAUGUAAAUAUUGUUUCAAGUUUGAAUGAUACAACUCAAUUAGAAAAUUUUACAAUUGAAUGGCAAAAUUUUGACUUAUUAACAUGUGCUAUACCAAAAACAAUAAAUAUAUCCAUUUUUAGUUGUUUAUCACCACCUAGUUAUACACAAGUAGAUGAUAUAUCAUGUCUUCAAGAGUCAACAAUUAAUUUCGAAGGAAGUAUAUGUCAAUCCACAUCGGCGACAACGGCUUUUAUAAAGUGGGAAGGAGAAACAACACAAUCCUCAUCAACAAUAAGUAGUAGUGGUAUGAAUCAAGAGUUAUCAGCAACCACUAGUACUAUAAUACAAUCACCAUCGACAACAAGUAGUAGUAUGAACCAAGAGUUAUCAGCAAUCACUGGCAUUACAACACAAUCAUUAUCAACAAUAAGUAGUAGUGGUAUGAAUCAAGAAUUAUCAGCAAUCACUGACAUUACAAUACAAUCAUCAUCAACAGCAAGUAGUAGUACGAAUCAAGAAUUAUCAGUAAUCACUAGCAUUACAACACAAUCAUCACCAACAACAAGUAGUAGUGAUACGAAUCAAGAGUUAUUAGCAACCACUAGCACUACAAUACAAUCAUCAUCAACAGCAAGUAGUAGUACGAAUCAAGAACUAUCAGCAAUCACUGGCAUUACAACACAAUCAUCAUCAACAGCAAGUAGUAGUACGAAUCAAGAGUUAUCAGCAAUCACUGGCAUUACAACACAAUCAUCACCAACAACAAGUGGUAGUAGUACGAAUCAAAAGUCAUCAGCAACCACUAGCAUUACAACACAAUCGUCACCAACAACAAGUGGUAGUAGUACGAAUCAAGUAUUACCAGCAACCACUAGCACUACAAUACAAUCAUCAUCAACAGCAAGUAGUAGUACGAAUCAAGAACUAUCAGCAAUCACUGGCAUUACAACACAAUCAUCACCAACAACCAGUAGUAGUGGUACGAAUCAAGAGUUAUCAGCAAUCACUAGCAUUACAACACAAUCAUCACCAACAACAAGUAGUAGUGAUACGAAUCAAGAGUUAUCAGUAACCACUAGCACUACAAUACAAUCAUCAUCAACAAUAAGUAGUAGUGGUAUGAAUCAAGAAUUAUCAGCAAUCACUGACAUUACAACACAACCAUCACCAACAACAAGUAGUAGUGGUACGAAUCAAGAGUUAUCAGCAACCACUAGCAUUACAAUACAAUCAUCACCAACAACAAGUGGUAGUGGUACGAAUCAAGUGUUAUCAGCAACCACUAGCAUUACAAUACAAUCAUCACCAACAACCAGUAGUAGUGGUACGAAUCAAGAGUUAUCAGCAAUCACUAGCAUUACAACACAACCAUCAUCAACAACAAGUAGUAGUACGAAUCAAAAGUCAUCAGCAGCCACUAGCAUUACAACACAAUCAUCACCAACAACAAGUGGUAGUAGUACGAAUCAAAAGUCAUCAGCAACCACUAGCAUUACAACACAAUCGUCAUCAUCAACAAGUAGCAGUGACAGUACGAAUCAAGUAUUACCAGCAACCACUAGUAUUAUAACACAAUCAUCAUCAUUAUCAACAGCAACUCGUACUACUCAUUCAUUAACCAUUAUGUCCAGUAGUAUGUCUCAGACGUCAUCAACAAUAACAAACAAUACAAAUCAUACGACACUUAAUAACACUAGUCAUACAUCAUCAAUAACAAUAGAAAGUAGUACGACUCGAGUAACUACUAUUGAUACAAUUCAAACAUCGAUAACAACAGCUAGUAGUAAUAUUGCUCAUGCAUCAAUAGCAAUAACAACUGAAGCAUCAAAAGCGGCUAUUAUAGCAGAUCCAUAUUACUGUCCAGGAGAUACUAUAGGUUCUGCUUGUAACAUAUCAUCUGAUAUAUGUGCUAUGUCACAACCAUGUUUGAAUGCAGCAACAUGUUUUCCAAAUAAUACAUUACCAUUAGGAUAUCAAUGUCAAUGUCAAACAGGUUAUACAGGUGACAGUUGUGAAAAUAAAAGAAUAUGUAGAACGAAUACAUGUUUAAAUGACGGAAUUUGUAUUGAAGUUAAUGAUCAAAUAAAUUUCAUAUGUGAAUGUCAAACAGGUUAUACAGGUAUUCGUUGUGAAUUUAAAGUGGAUUAUUGUAGUAAUAUGUCAUGUAAAAAUAAUGGUAUUUGA